ACCAUAAAUAGACGAAAGCAAACCAUUUCGCUCUUCUGAAGUAUUUAACACUAAUUACUUGGCAAGGGGACCCCGUCCCGAGUAUCUGUCUUCUUGGUUGAGAGCGCCUCUUCUUGCCGGGUCUUUUGUCGUAGAUUCGAACAGAAAAUUACAGCAAUAUGCCACGCAAGAAGACAGCAGGAAAGAGAAAGUAUGGCAGGAAGAGUACCAACAUCUUCGCCAUGUUCGACAAAGGGCAGAUUCAGGAGAUGAAAGAGGCUUUCUUCCUAAUAGACCAAGACAGGGACGGAUUCAUCGGGAACGACGACUUGAAAGACAUGUUUGCGUCACUAGGUAAGCAGCCUAACGACAAGUUGGUGGACAGUAUGAUCAAGGAGUCACCAGCACAGAUGAACUUCACCGCCUUUCUGUCUCUUUUCGCCAACAAACUGGGAGGUACGGAUCCAGAAGACGACAUCAACAAAGCAUUUGAGUUCUUUGAUCCAAACAAGACGGGCAAAAUCAAAAAGGCGGCCUUGGUAGAAUUGCUGACAAAGGCGCCGUACGGCGACAAGCUGAACGCUGAAGAGUUGAGUGCCAUGAUGGAGAUAGCGAACGUCGAUCACAAGGGGAUGUUCUACUACCGCGACUUCACUGCAGUCCUCAAGGGUAAGGAGGUAGAAGACUAAAGAAAGGGAGAAUCUGGAGGCGGGAGGCUACAUCUAGGGGUUUCGUGGAUACUGCUUUGGUCGAUACCAAAGGACGAUGAAGUGCCAAGUGUAACAAUGACAUCUAGGAUAAGAAGCCACAGCAAAGACCAACCUACGGCAUUCAUCGAGUAUUUCUAAAAACCCUUUCUGCAGCCUUAUGUGUAAUAAGAAGCUUUGUCAUAGUUCUACACGAAACUGUAAAAAUGAAAUAAAGAAUGGUCCCCGUGUUACUAUUUGUCCCCCACUCUCUUCUGAUCCGACUCUGUGACAAGACAGAAUGAUUUAUAUCGUCUAGGAUUACAUGUAACGUUACCGAAUGCGUCUUAUAGAUGGAUUCCCAAGUGCACAAUGUCUCAAACAUGUAAAUGAAGAAUAUCAAGAAAACGUUGUCCUUAAAGUAGAGUUCUAGCACAAUUGCUUGGCAUGUAUUUACAAUAGACUCUUUAAGUGAGAAAUCGAAGUGUAGAAGCUAUGUUCCUGUACGUGGAAUAUCUGUGUGACCUUGGUGUGUGAGUGACCUUGGACAGACGACCGUCAUGUUUAUUGGAAUAAAGAUACUAAGGGACUCGCAA